AUUUUUACUGGAAUGAUUCUUCAAAUCAAACACAAACUUUAUCUCCAAUCACUUGAAGUGUUUUUCCAAUAAAAUUGAUAUAAAUUCACCUAAUCCUAACACCAGCCUAGUCUAUCUAAACCCACAAGCAUGUUAAGACUAGUUAUUCUAGCCACGUGCUUAACCCUUGGCCAUUUUGCCGACCAUGACACUUUCAAAAACUGCUCCCGUGUGGAAUUUUGCAAUACGUUACGAAACCGCCAACCCUUCGACAAAUACGCAGUCGACCCCUCAACCAUCACAAUCGACGACAAUGGCAGCGUAAAAAUGACUCUAAAAGCAAAAAAAGGCUCCGACCUCCAACUGGAACUCCUGGCCCUAGUCGACCGCACCUUCCGCCUGCGAAUAAAAGAAACAGCUUCGACACGAUACGAACUCCACGACGUUCUGGUCGCCGAGCCCCAACUAGCCCAGUAAGUUGCAGUACUGGGAUAAGUACCACCUAAGCAAGCUUCCAGCAACAAGACAAUUACGUGACCAUCCAAGUUGGCGAGACCACCGCCCAGAUUUUCUACGAGCCGUUCGUUGUCAACUUUUACCUGGUGCAAGUGCACCAGGUGGUGAUUGACUAAUAAGAUUUUACAUUUGUCAAAAUUUUCGAUUUGAGAGCUUUUUCAAAUUGUUAUCGUCAUUUAUUUUGAAAAUUCAAGGCUAACUUGAUUUUUUUUAAAUGGUACGAAACGUCAAAUUUAAUCAUUUUUAAAAGAUCAUUUUUUUCUGAAUUCAAUGAUGUAACAUGAUACCCACCUUUACUUUUAUUAAAAUGUAAAAAAAUAAAAAUUCAAAAAUUUUCUGGAAUAGUAAAACUAAGUUAGCUUUGAAAAUACUGUUAUUAGCGAUGUCUGUCACUUGUAUAUUAGCCAAAAAUUAAACUUGGGUGCAAUAAUUAGUUUAAUAAUAGUACAUUUACGUAAAACUGAGCGAAAAAAAUUCUCAUGUUGGUUUAUCAUGGAGACAGAAAACCAAGCAAUUAGUGGAAAUCAGUUUGAACAUCGUUUGCAGCAUAAAAAUCAAGUAUUCCGUGUUUAAAAUUUCUUAAUUAAAACGUUAAAAGUGUUAUUUUAACAAUUAUUUUUAACUUUUACUUAUUUUUUGGUUAAUGAGCUAACGACAGAUAAAGACAACAUUUCCAAGGCUAACAAGAUUUUACAUUUUUCAAAAUUUUCGAUUUUUUUUAAGUUUCGAUUAAAGUAAGGUAUGCAUGUGUUGUACCAUAGAACUCAGAAAAAAAUGCUCUUCUCAAAAAUAUUAAAUUUGACCCUUGUUGCUAUUUAAAAAAAUCAAGUUAGCCUUGUAUCCGAAGAACAAAUGGAGAUAGAAAUUUAAUAAACAUCUGAAACGAUACAAUUUGUAUACUCUUAAGCAUAUACCAAAUUUUAAUAAGUUUAGCAUAAAAUAACAAAAAAGUGGCAUUAUUUUGUUUUUUUAUUAUCAGUAAAUUGUUUUUGAGCGAAAAUGACGAAAUCUUUGCUUAUUCUGCAAAAUAUUCAUCAAUUUUCAUUAAAUUCAUUAUGGUUUCGGAUGAGGAACACACUUAUUUUGCCAAAUUUUAUAAAAAAAAUAAUAUAAAAAGUAAAUAAUAAUAAUAAACAAAUAAUUAUGGAAUCUAUCGUAGUAAUAAAAAAUUAGGCUACCUGGUACAAUGUGUUUUUAAAUGAUUCUCGAAUCUAGUUAACUAUCUUUUGUUUUCUUUCUUCUUUGUUCAGUCUUUUUGGCUUACAUUCACUACCUUUCUUAAAAUUUCUACACUUCUGUCAUCUUUAAUUUAAUUUAAUACAUAAAAAAACAAUUCAUAAAAGAAAAAAAUAUUUAUUUCAAAGAAACAAAAACUAAAUAUACAGAGUCGCUAAAAAGUAUGGAUACAGUUAAAUAUUUUCAGAACGGUUUAACAGAAAACCUUGAAAUUUGGGGAACAGUUCAAGUGUUUAAAUUCUAUCAUUUGAGAGCUUUUUCAAAUUUUUAUCGUCAUUUAUUUUGAAAAUUCAAGGCUAACUUGAUUUUUUUUAAAUGGCACGAAAGGUCAUUUUUUAAAGAUCAUUUUUUUCUGAAUUCAAUGAUGAAACAUGAUACCCACCUUUACUUUUAUUGAAAUGUAAAAAAAUAAAAAUUAAAAAAUUUUCUGGAAUAGUAAAACUAAGUUAGCUUUGAAAAUACGUUAUAGGCGAUAUCCGCAACUUGUCUUUUAGCCAAAAAUUAAACUUGGGUGCAAUAAUUAGUUAAAUAAUAGUACAUUUAAGUAAAACUGAGCGAAAAAAAUUCUCAUGUUGGUUUAUCAUGUAGACAGAAAGCCAAGAAGUUAGUGGAAAUCAGUUUGAACAUCGUUUGUAGCAUAAAAAUCAAGUAUUCCGUGUUUAAAAUUUCUUAAUUUAAACGUUAAAAGUGUUAUUUUAACAAUUAUUUUUAACUUUUACUUAUUUUUUGGUUAAUGAGCUAACGACAGAUAAAGACAACAUUUCCAAGGCUAACAAGAUUUUACAUUUUUCAAAAUUUUCGAUUUUUUUUAAGUUUCGAUUAAAUUAAGGUAUGCAUGUGUAAUACCAUAGAACUCAGAAAGAAAUGCUCUUCUCAAAAAUAUUAAACUUGACCCUUGUUGCUAUUUAAAAAAAAUCAAGUUAGCCUUGUAUCUGAAGAACAAAUGGAGAUAGAAAUUUAAUAAACAUCUGAAACGAUACAAUUUAAGCAUAUACCAAAUUUUAAUAAGUUUAUCAUAAAAUAACAAAAAAGUGGCAUUAUUUUGUUUUUUUAUUAUCUGUAACUUGUUUUUGAGCGAAAAUGACGAAAUCUUUGCUUAUUCUGCAAAAUAUUUCAUCAAUUUUCAUUAAAUUUAUUAUGGUUUCGGAUGAGGAACACACUUAUUUUGCCAAAUUUUAUAAAAAAAAUAAUAUAAAAAGUAAAUAAUAAUAAUAAACAAAUAAUUAUGGAAUCUAUCGUAGUAAUAAAAAAUUAGGCUACCUGGUACAAUGUGUUUUUAAAUGAUUCUCGAAUCUAGUUAACUAUCUUUUGUUUUCUUUCUUCUUUGUUCAGUCUUUUUGGCUUACAUUCACUACCUUUCUUAAAAUUUCUAUACUUCUGUCAUCUUUAAUUUAAUUUAAUUUAAUACAUAAAAAAACAUUUCAUAAAAGAAAAAAAUAUUUAUUUCAAAGAAACAAAAACUAAAUAUACAGAGUCGCUAAAAAGUAUGGAUACAGUUAAAUAUUUUCAGAACGGUUUAACAGAAAACCUUGAAAUUUGGGGAACAGUUCAAGUGUUUAAAUUCUAUCAUUUGAGAGCUUUUUCAAAUUUUUAUCGUCAUUUAUUUUGAAAAUUCAAGGCUAACUUGAUUUUUUUUAAAUGGUACGAAAGGUCAAAUUUAACCAUUUUUAAAAGAUCAUUUUUUUCUGAAUUCAAUGACGUAAAAUAAUACCCACCUUUACUUUUAUUGAAAUGUAAAAAAAUAAAAAUUCAAAAAAUUUCUGGAAUAGUAAAACUAAGUUAGCUUUGAAAAUACUGUUAUUAACGAUGUCUGUCACUUAUAUAAUAGCCAAAAAUUAAACUUGGGUGCAAUAAUUAGUUUAAAAAUAGUACAUUUAAGUUAAAAUGAGCGAAAAAAAUUCUCAUGUUGGUUUAUCAUGGAGACAGAAAGCCCAGAAGUUGGUGGAAAUCAGUUUGAACAUCGUUUGUAGCAUAAAAAUCAAGUAUUCCGUGUUUAAAAUUUCUUAAUUAAAACGUUAAAAGUGUUAUUUUAACAAUUAUUUUCAACUUUUACUUAUUUUUUGGUUAAUGAGCUAACGACAGAUAAAGACAACAUUUCCAAGGCUAACAAGAUUUUACAUUUUUCAAAAUAUUCGAUUUUUUUUAUGUUUCGAUUAAAUGAAAGUAUGCAUGUGUUAAACCAUUGAACUCAGAAAAAAAUGCUCUUCUCAAAAAUAUUAAAUUUGACCCUUGUUGCUAUUUAAAAAAAAUCAAGUUAGCCUUGUAUCCGAAGAACAAAUGGAGAUAGAAAUUUAAUAAACAUCUGAAACGAUACAAUUUAUAUACUCUUAAGCAUAUACUAAAUUUUAAUAAGUUUAGCAUAAAAUAACAAAAAAGUGGCAUUAUUUUGUUUUUUAUUAUCAGUAACUUGUUUUUGAGCGAAAAUGACGAAAUCUUUGCUUAUUCUGCAAAAUAUUCAUCAAUUUUCAUUAAAUUCAUUAUGGUUUCGGAUGAGGAACACACUUAUUUUGCCAAAUUUUAUAUAAAAAAAUAAUAUAAAAAGUAAAUAAUAAUAAUAAUAAUAAACAAAUAAUUAUGGAAUCUAUCGUAGUAAUGAAAAAUUAGGCUACAUGGUACAAAUGAUUCUCGAAUCUAGUUAACUCUGUAAUUGGUUUACAUAUAAAAAAAUUGAGCAGAGCACUCAAUUGUCAAUAAAUGUCAAGUAUGUCAGUUGAGAAAUUCAAUUAAAUUCUUUUAAAUAUUUCGUCAAAAUGCUACACCGUGUAAGAAACCACUUUUAUUAUCGAUGUUUAUUUCCGAACUGGAGACUUUGUCUAAAUGCCUAUCAUUAGUUAUAUGAAGCGGCAUUUUCUAAUUUUACAUGAGAAAUUCACAGACGACUAGAUGACAAUCGUUUAAAAAAAUCAAGUUAGCCUUGUAUCCGAAAAACAGAUGGAGAUUGAAAUAUAAUAAACAUCUGAAACGAUACACUUAAGCAUAUACCAAAUUUUACUGUAUAGAAUUAACAAAAAAUACUUCAAUAAUUUUUGUCUUCUAUCUCGUAUAAUCUAUUUUCUAUUUUUUCUAUCCUCUGUUUGUUUUAUAUGUUAUCUUUAUUUUUUAUUUUUCAUUAUUUGUUCUAUUUUCUAUUUUUUUUUUCACUUCGGAUUUAUUUUACAAUUAUGAUUUUUUAUGGUUCGUUCGUUUGACUUUUUGGGCUUCUUUUGGUCAUAAAUGUUAUCAAAAUCUAGUGAUAAAAACCAGAUAACGGUAUUUCAUAACGAUGUAUUUGUUAGUUAGGUUUUUGAAAUGAUUUUGUUUAGGAAAACAAUUACGAAAAACUUGUUCACAUUAAUCUUAUAUUGUAAUUAUUUUGUUCAAAUAUAUUUUUACUUUUGCAA